CUCCGUCAAGCCCAUUGGGGUCCUAAAUUCCUAGCAUGCGAUUUAUCAAAUCAAAUUUGUACACCAAUAAGAAGAAGAAGAAGAAAGUGGCUAAGAGAGAGAGACCUUGCAAAAGCUGAGAUUUUUAGAGAGAGAGAGAGAGAGAGAGAGAGAGGAGGGGGGCCAUAAUUGAUCUGUGAAUGGUUUGUUUCAUAGUUUUAAUGGCGGCAUCGAUGAGAUAUGUUGUAUUGAUGUGUAUAUUUACAGUGGCGUCUUCGAUUCGAUAUGCAGCUUCAUCUUCUGUAUCUGCAUCGACGUGUUCUCCUCAAUCCAAUUCGUUUAUUCACGAUCUACAGGGUCAAUGCCCCCUUACGAUCUCCUAUUCUUCGCCUAUUCAGUUGGACGGGGAAUCUCUUGACAGAGCUUUGAGCUCUAGUCAGACAAAUGUAUAUACUGCUGCUUUGUUCUAUGCCUCAUGGUGCCCUUUUUCAAGUGGUGUUCGAUCCAAGUUUGCUGUCCUCAGUUCAAUGUUUCCUCAAAUCAAACAUGUAGUGCUUGAACAAUCUUCUGCCAUGCCAAGUGUUCUUUCAAGAUACGGAAUUCAUAGCUUGCCUGCAAUAUUGAUAGUGAACCGGUCAUCAAGGGCACGGUAUCAUGGUCCAAAAGCUCUCUCCUCAUUUGUGGACUUCUAUAAGAGAGCUACAGGACUUGACCCGGUAGUGGAUGUGACUGAAGAACAAGGGAGCUACUCCGAAAGUGGUCAUAAAGCACUUAACGCAUGGAAAGGAAACUCUUUGAAGGAGAUAUUGUUUAGGGAACCUUAUCUAAUUUUCUCGGUGUUGUUCCUCUUUUUAAGGGUAUUCCUAUAUUUCUUCCCAGAGAUAAUAUCCCGUUUAAUCACUCUGUGGGUUGCUUGCAUACCGCAUCUAAAGGUCAGAAUCUUUGGAGAGACAAGGCAACUUUUGGGGCGUGUUCUCCACCUGAUUGAUGUAAAGAGAGUCUGGAGCAAGCUGAAGCUGUGCAAAACCAGGAAAUUUCAUAAUGGAGCUAGGAGUGCUCGGGUUUGGGCAUCGUCUUUGGCAUCUGUCUCAUUGGGUGAGACUUCCCCGGCAAGAUCGGUUGCCUCAGGGGAUUCCUAGAACUUGAUGAAUGGGUUUCACCUCAAAUUGAACCAAGGACGAACUUGACUUUUGAUCAUGAGGAGCAUACUUCUAUGAUGGUCACAGAGGGUUUUUAACUGUUUUGUUAGUUCUAUUUUUCUCACAUAUUUUUUUUUGGGUUGAAAUGUUGUCUUGAAUUUAUCUAUAUAUCUGUAGAACUGAAGGUGUUCUGUUGUUUGUGUGUUCCGAGGGAACUAAGAUAACAAAGAUGUAAAUUUGAGAAGAUUAAUCUUUUUAUGUAUAUUAUCUUAGCAUUUGAAUGGACGUGCUACUUUUGAAA